AUGGGCUGGCUUUGCAGAGAGGCAUGGCAGGUGAGUGACCUGAGCUCCAAGGAGGCAAGUGUCAUUAGGGGCUUGGAGAGGGACACUGGCCCCAGGGGCCGAGGGUUGCAACAGGCAGCGGAGGAGCAGCACCGCCCGCCCCGCGCCCCUCCCCGCCCGCCGCCCCGCGCGCUCCCCACGCCGCGGUCGAGCCGCCGGGACGCCGAGCGGCGGGACAGCCAGCGACCCGCGGGACGGCGAAAGGACGCGCGCGGCGCGGCGCAGGGUCGGGCCCGCGGGCCGAGGAGUCGCCAGGGCGGGUGGCUCCCGGCGAGCGCGCGCGCGCUUGGGGUCCCGGCGGCGGCACCUUGGGCCGGCUUGGGGGCGGGGCGAUGCGCGCGCGGUCGGAGCCCCGGCGGCUGCCGGGUGCCUCGUCUGGCGGCUGUGUCGGAGCCUCUGCCCCUGUUGUGUGAGUGUCACAGUGCGAGGCCGUUUACCUGGCGGCGUCUCCGAGCGCUCGGUGUGUGCCGGGGUCUGGAGGGCCCUGCGGCGGCGCUGGCGAUUGUGCCCGAUGUGUCAGCGGGCGCCAGCGUGCAGGCCCAGGGCCCCGGCCAGUACCCAGCCCCGCUGGGCCCGGCCAGCACCACGGACAGCACCCAGGAAGCCCGGGUCCCCCUGGACGGGGCCUUCUGGAUCCCCAGGCCCCCGGCAGGUUCGCCCAAGGGCUGUUUCGCGUGCGUGUCCAAGCCCCCCGCCCUGCAGGCUCCAGCGGCCCCCGCCCCCGAGCCGUCGGCCUCGCCGCCCAUGGCACCCACCCUGUUCCCCAUGGAGUCCAAGAGCAGCAAGGCGGACAGCGUGCGGGCCGCGGGCGCCCCCCAGGCCUGCAAGCACCUGGCGGAGAAGAAGACCAUGACCAACCCCGCGACGGUCAUUGAGGUGUACCCGGACACCACGGAGGUGAACGACUACUACCUGUGGUCCAUCUUCAACUUCGUCUACCUCAACUUCUGCUGCCUGGGCUUCAUCGCCCUGGCCUACUCCCUCAAAGUUCGGGACAAGAAGCUCCUCAACGACCUGAACGGAGCCGUGGAGGACGCCAAGACGGCUCGGCUGUUCAACAUCACCAGCUCUGCCCUGGCGGCCUCCUGCAUCAUCCUUGUCUUCAUCUUCCUGCGGUACCCGCUCACCGACUACUAGGCCCCGACGGCACCGCAGCCCGGAGACCAAGAGCCGAGGUUCAUUUUUGUGGCUGAUGCGCUGCCGGCUGCCGGGAGGCUAGGGCAGAGCAGGGCGCCCGCCGGGGACCCCCGAGCCGUGAGCCCAGCACCGAGGCCAUCAGAAGCUUUGUACAGUAAUUAUCGGGCGGCGAGCCUCCUGCCAGCCCACCCUUUGGCCUCCUGGUCCUCACCUGUGUCUGGGGGGCCCGGGGGACUCUCCCUGUGCUGCUGCACCCUGGCUUCCAGUGGCUGCCCUCCCUGCCUGCCUGUGCCCCCCAGGCUCCUGGGGCCCCUCAGAUCUGACCCCCAGCAAGAAGGGCUUCUGUGGGAGCUUCCCAGAGAAGCUCUGGGGGUGCUGCCAGCACCUGGGGACGUACUCCACCCUCCCUGACCCCCUUCUCCAAGCUGUGAC